CACACAAGCGCGCGCAGAGGGAGGGAGGGUACUCCGCGCGCUCGGCUCUGUUACAUUAACUCAAUCUCAAAGUCAGAUUCAUGAACUUUAGUUUGUGCUGUUUUUUCCUUCCGUUUCCUUUCGCUCAGUUUCAGCUCACCUCUCUGCCUGUCACAGGAUAACGGAGCCUCGUGCGCUGCCGCGAGCGGACAGACGUCAACCGGUCCAAGCACGAGGCGGUUAAGGGACAGAGGAGCAACAGGAGGUUUCACGAGCGCGUCGCACCGGGAACCAGAGGGAUUUAACGGAGACUUCAGGAGCGGCUCUUGGGUUACACAGCCGCCCGGUACCGACUGGACCCACACUCUGACCCGGGAUAUCUGCAGUCUGAGCGUUCUUCCCCCAUCAUGUGUCCCGCGGCGGGCAGUGUGUGUGCGCGCUGCAGCCUGAUCCUGGUCCUGGUUCAGGUCCUGGUCUUGGUCCAUCCUGCGGCCGGAUACAAUCUGGAUCAGGACCACAGUCUGGAGUUCCGUGGCCCCGCCUCCUCCAUGUUUGGAUACUCAGUCCUGUUGCAUCGUCAUGGAGAUCACAGCUGGUUGGUGGUUGGAGCCCCAGUAGCAAACUCAUCCUCCAAUCCGUCGGUUCGAUCUCCAGGAGCUGUUUACCGCUGCAACAUCUCUUCUGGGCAACGCCACUGCCACAGCAUGCAUUCUGAUGUGCUGGCCUGUGGGAAGACGUGUGAAGCAGAGAGUGAUCACCAGUGGCUGGGAGUCAGUCUGUCCAGACAACCUGGAGACAACGGAGGACACAUCCUGGCGUGUGCUCACCGCUGGAAGAACGUCUACUACUCAAAGAAAGACAGCCAGAACCAUAAGCUGCCCAAUGGAGUCUGUUAUCGCUACGACAACAACCUGAGUCACGCCCAACCCAUCAUCCCCUGUUACAGAGACCACCAGAGGAAGUUCGGUGAGGAUUAUGGGUCAUGUCAGGCUGGUAUUUCCAACUUCCUGACGGAGGAUCUGAUCAUCAUGGGGGCUCCAGGGACAUAUUACUGGACGGGUUCAGUUCUGGUUUUUAACACGUCCAGCGGAGGGAUGUCAGUGUACCUUGAUGAUGACGCUGGAGGCGUCAGCUACGGAAGCUACCUGGGUUACUCUGUCGGAGCCGGUCACUUCAUAAGUCCUGACACUGUGGAGGUUGUCGGUGGAGCUCCGCAAUACAACCAGAAGGGAAAGGUCUUCAUCUUCACAGUAGACAACAACAUGCUGCGGGUUAUCUCUGAAGUGUCUGGGAAAGAGCUGGGAUCUUACUUUGGCUCCAGUGUGUGUGUGGUCGAUCUGAACGCUGAUGGUUUGUCAGAUAUGUUGGUCGGCGCGCCCAUGGCAACAGGCGUCGCCAGGGAGGAGGGAAGAGUCCAUGUGUACAUCAACCAGGGACAGGCGAAGCUGUUGGAGGCGGAGUUUCAGCUGACUGGCAGUGACGCGUACGCCGCCCGGUUUGGAGAGACUAUCGCGGACCUGGGAGACCUGGACGACGAUGGUUACCCUGAUGUGGCGGUUGGUGCCCCGCAGGAGGAGGAUCUAAAAGGAGCCGUCUAUAUUUACAAUGGCAGGAAGGAGGGUAUCUCACCAACUCCAUCUCAGAGGAUUACUGGAUCCAGCCUGGGUUAUGACCUCAGGAUGUUCGGCCAGUCGUUGAACUCUGGCAUCGACGUUGAUAAUAACGGCUACCAGGAUUUGGCAGUUGGUGCGUUCCUCUCGGACAAAGCGGUUGUUCUCAGGACCCGUCCGGUGAUUCAGGUGAAGGCGUCUCUGGUUCUGCCUGAGCAGAUUGACUCGAAGAUGGCUCUGUGCCGAGAACACAAGACUCCAACUGUCUGCUUCAAUGUAACCGUCUGCUUCAGUGUCAGGUCCAGACACUUCAGAGGAGCUAUAGAUCUUCAGUAUAAUCUGACCUCUGACCUCCUCCAUAAACCAUCCUUCCCUCAUCGUUUCUAUUUCCAUGGUAACGGGUCAUCCAAUAACACAAGGGGGCGUGUGAAAGCACGACAUGGCCAGCUCACUUGUACCACACACGUGGCUUACCAAAGGAAAGAUGUGAGGGACAUUUUUACUCCGGUCAAGUUUGAGGUUUCCUACAGUCACAGAGAAGCAAACACCCAAAGAGGCUCUUCAAAAACCUUCCCUCCAUUAAAACCCAUUCUGCAGCAGAGCGCAGGACACCAGAACACUAUCACCAACCAGACUUGGUUUGCUCGUUCCUGUUCUCUGAUGAACUGUUCGGCCAACAUGCAGCUGUCAGCUGAACUAGUGCUGCCACAUCAGCAGCAGUACUUCGCUCUUGGCUCUGGACAGACCAUCGUGUUGAAAACCUUGCUACUGAACUCUGGAGACGACGCCUUCAUGCCGCGACUGACGCUGCGUUUCCCCAACAACAUCCACUAUGUUAAAGUACUGCAGAAUGAGGACAACGUGGUCAGUUGUGACGUCACACAGGAAGUCAACAGUGCAGUUGACUGCAGUGUCACCAGCCUCCUCCUCUCAGCCCACACGCAGUUGAAUAUCAGCUUCCUAUUGGACGUUAGCCAGAACAGCACACCUGGUGACAUCACUGUUCACGUCAACACCAGCAGUGAUAACUACGAGAGCGAGGAGUAUCUCCAUGACAACUCCAUCAGUCUCCCUCUUUCUCUCAGAUAUGGAGUCAACGUCAACAUCCACGGUUUUGUGACUCCCACCUCAUUUGUGUUUGGAGAUGAAGACUCAGCUCCAGUUGACUGCUACCCUGAAAGAUUCAACUACACAUACAAGGUGUUAAACUCUGGUCCCAGCAGGUCAUUAGAUACUGUGGUUGACAUUGCACUACCGAAGAUCCUCGCACCUUUCCGACACAGACUGCUGCAGGUGGUCGACUGGCAGUCAUCUCACGGGGUGUGUUCGAUCAGUGAUACAAGUGUUUCAGUCAUUGAGGACUGUGAUGUUCCUCAAGCUUCCUUCAUCAAACAGCUCAUCUUCUUCUUCUCUUCCACCUCCACCCGCACUAUGUUUUGUGGCCAUGGUGAUGAGCUGUGUGAGCGGUUGGUGUGUCAAUUCGGUAACCUGGAAGUGGGGAGAGAGGUCAUUGUUCAACUGGAGAUCAAACUGAACCCUGCUGUACUACUGCAAGCUCCGGGUCGUCAUGGUGUCAUGAGGAUAGAGAGCACGGCAAUGAUGUCAAAUCCCAGAGAAGGUCCUCACACCACCCUCAUCUACAAACCUGAAGCACAGGUGGUGGUGGAAGCUCUUUUUACCCAGAAACCCUCAGCAAUAGUGAAGGUCUUCAUCAUCGUUGUCAGUUUAGUUCUGGGUUUGAUGAUCCUGGCAGCUCUCAUCUGGUGUCUGUGGAAGGCUGGUUUCUUUAAGAGGAACUUCCAGAAGAAUGAGGAAGAGGAGUUCAGGAGAGACAGCUGGAACUAUGUUCCUAAACACGAUAAAAGAGAGAGCACUUCCUAACCCCACCUCUGGCCACGACCUCGGACCUCUGACCAUAGGAUGGCGUUCACAUUGUGACUGUGCAACAGUUUUAAUGAGACAUAUGUGCUGAUGGAUGGAUUGCUGUGUUUGACAAUACGGCAACCCAGUUUGUCCAAAACAGUAGAAAGCACUGCUACUGCUGUUGAACGUCAUCGGCCAAUGAAAUCAGUGCAGUCAGCCCAGCCGGUUUCAGCACAGACCUGUCUUUGAGUGUGACGGAUGCUAAAACGUGAACGCCUCCUGAACUGAACACACCUGAAUCUGUGCCUUUUUUUAAACUAUUUUGCCUGAUGUGCCUUCACAAAUACAGACAAGUUCAAAGACUUGAAAAAGACUGCAGCGAUAGAUGGAUGGAGGAUUAAUAAAAAGGGAAGUGGACCUGAAACAAUCAAAUCUGGACCAAUUUGAAGGCCUCGGGGCUUCCUGGGAUGUGGCGCCACCUGUUGAUGACCUUCAUUCAAGAGAAAACAAACCAAAGGAAGUUCUGAUGACCUUCGAUCUCAGGGGAUGGAAACCUGGCCUCUCAUUGGUUCCUAACUCGCUGUCUGUGUACAUUCUCUUUCUACACUUUUGUUUACCUGCUGUCCAACACUUUAUGCACUGGUGACACACACACACACACACACAAAGGUGACUCGCUGCCUGUGUUGCACCAUUUGAUGCCUGUAACACACACCGGCUGCUGUCCAGACCGAACAGUCCAGCGACGGCUGCUGGGAUGUGCCGGUACAGCGAGUGAAGUAAUGAAGUUGCUUUCUUCUGUGGGCGGAUGCAGACUGAUGCUGGCAGCAACCAGCGUGGGUGUUUGAAUGGAUGCCGAAUGUCCUUUAGCCCGUUUUCACUCUGGGACUUUGAGUUUUGUCCCUCUAAAGGCCCACUCACAUCAGCAUGUACAGUGGAGUUUCAUGGCCUUCGGGGAACGGAGAGCUGGAGUCGAAAUGGAGGAAAUUAUUGUAGUUUAUUAGCUGUGUUGCACUGUCCAUGUUUAUUUAACCUCCUCUGUCAGAGUAUAAGUGUUAGCAUGUUUCCGGUUGUUUGUUAGUGGUUUUCUCACCAGCUACAAUUAUCCACCAGCUAGCUCUGUGAGUAGUCACUGGGUGGUUUCUAUUCUGAUAACGUCACUCCUCCCUUCCCUCACGGUGUAAAAAGCCUAAGCCAAAUCAAACAUGCGAUCAUCAGAUCUCCAUGGCGGGCUGGGCGGGGCCAGUGUGCCUGCGAGAUUGAAACAGAUAAUCUGCUGUGGCAGCUCCUACGGGCAGCAGUCGGCCAGGGGGAAAAAAGUAACAACACACACAUGCUGAAAACUUUGUUCAUUACUGAAAGAGCAGAGCGGAUGUGAGGAAGCAAUAAAAACAGCUAUAAAUGUCCUGAAGUAAACCUAUAGCUCUGAAUCUAUAGUUUGUAAAAGACCAGACAUCUUGUCAGCCUCAGGAUGAUAGUAUAGGACUAAUAAGUCUAACUAAAUAUGUCUAUAGCUUUAUAUUUUUCCUUACUGAGUGACGAUAUAGUCUAGAAGAGUAAAUGAAAUAGGAAGAGAAGAAAAGUCUUUCAGCAGAUGGAGAAAAAAAGUUUUCAUGAUUCAGAUUCUGAAUAACAGAGCCACUGUUAGUGCUGCUACUGCCGUUUCCACAAAUCUACAGUACAAAUCAUGCAAUUAUAUUAAUAUUAUUAUAAUGCUGUUUACACAACAGCCCAGACCAAUCAAUAAACUGAUUCAUGUUAAAGGGGCAUUGCUGUCCUUUAAAAUAUGUCCACAUAGGACACACCUGUGGUUCCUCUCUCGCCCCUCAUCUCCUCUGAGAUGCAUUUAAGGGAUUGGAACAUCCCCAGUAAUGGCAGAGCUCGAUCCAUUUCCAGGACACGGGCUGGAGGAAACAUAAUUACCAGAAUGGAAAACACCCACUAUGUCACCAAGCUUCUGGAAACAUACUGGGCCUUAACUCGUCUCAUUUCACAUUUGUUCACUGCUUUUCUAUCCGUUGUCUGCAUGUGAAGUCGCUGUGCAGCUGUUAACCACUGUGAGGAAACAAUUAAAAGGAAUGUAGCAGAAAACGAGAAACCAUUUGCAAAAUCAGCGCUUGUCUUCAACUAUCCUCUUUGGAACAAAUAUCAUGUGACAUGUUUAUUUUGCUGUUUUUUUUUAUCUACUUCUUCAUGUCCACAAGAAUGUUCUACAAUAACAAUCCGUUUAAUUUAUAGAGUGCUUUUCACUCAAAGAUGCUGUACAUGACAAAUUAAAUAAGAAUCAGAAAACUGAAUGCACUGUUCACUGGAACUGAUCUCAGACCACCUGGUUAAGGAAUAGCUUCUCGGUCAAAUCUUCAGUGUCACCAAAUUGAACGGCUCCUAGAUUUGGACUAAACUAUCAGUGUGAAAGCUCAGUAAAAUAUGCAUCUUGUUGGGUAACAGCCACCAACAACACAGGGUUGAGUGAUGGAAGACUACUUGAAAAUUAGCAUUUAAAAAUAUGUGUAAGGUAUUUAAAAUAUUCAAAAGCACUGUUUUACCUGUCUGUAUUUUGUGAAUGCAAACAUUUAAAACAGCUGCCGCCCUCCCUUCUGUUUAUGUAUUUAGUACAAAUGCACAUCACACAGAGACAUGUUUAAUAUUUUAUUAAAUUAGUUUGUUAUUGUUGUUGUUCAUGUGAAGUUGUUCUGCACUGGAGUGUCUCACUGCUUUUAUCAACACAUUUCCAUUAAAAUGACGUAUUUUCUAUUUUAA